AUGAGAGUUGAAAAGUUCCCCAAAGAUGUUCUUUCAGAUCUGCGCGUGCUGCAGUCGCUCUACUCCCGCCCUGACCCCCAGGUGCAGAGUCCUGACAUUGCCGUGCGACUGUCGCCGGUGAUGACCAUGAACAAUCUUCCUGAUUCUCCCAUAACGGGAAUCACCAAAGAUUUGUCUGGUUGUCAUUCACAAGAUUCUUCUAAUUUCGUACCUUCCUUCAUCCUCGGACCUCAGUUCACCUCCCAUGAUGCCAUGAGCCGGUACGCCCCUGCUUUUCAGACGAAGACUCCCAAGUCAGAGUGGACCCCGCAUUACAAUACUUCGACCAUGUCCGAAAUGGCGAGUGUGUCAACCCACACGCCCGCUUUGUCAGGCCCUUCAAAUUCUCAUACCCGGCCCAUCACGGGCGUAUAAUUCAGCUGCACACUCAAAUUAUUCUCUAAUUGUCUCCUCGCACGCCUUCCUAUACCCCAGAAGAUGCCGGGGAAUGCUUAACGCCACCUCUUGGCCUUAUGUGGCAGCGCAAAGAGAGCGGUAAGGAUGUCUACGCAGUCUGUGAUCAUUUUUACCAGGAUGCGGUGGUUGGAGAUGGAUGUAAUGGUGUUGUGGAAUUCCCGCAAAGGGCCUGCGCAGCCCAUUGGGGAGGUGGUAAGUGAGAGAUCAAUAACUGGGAUACUGGAGGAGGAUGUCAUGACAUUUUCAAUUCUAUUUGGCUUGGAGGGGCUGUAUCUUUAGUAUAAUCGGACAUGCAGGGAUGAAUCAUUAGGUAUAACCUGUCUCAGGCUGAUUACGCAAUUGAAGCGAUGUACUGUCAUUUGGUUAAGUAGCUUCCUAGGUAGAAGCGAUGGAGACAAGCAGAUUCUCAAUCAUGGCCAAGAAUGCCAUAUGGAUCCUGGAUGGAGUGGGUGACAGAC